CGGCCACCGUAGGGGAGGGGAAAGCGGCGCUCCCGCGCUCCGGAUUCAAACGGCGGCGGCAGUGGGACCCAGGGAGUUUCAGCUGCCCCUUGAGACCCCUCCUGAGCCUCGGAGUCAUCUUCUGCACCACCACCACCACCACCUCCCCUCCCUCCAGCUUGGAACCUGCCUCACCCCCGGAGGGGGUGCUGUUGUCAUCGAGCCUCUCCUCUGCAAUUUCAGACCAGUUUGCAGUGAUGGAAGCCAUCAAGACCCCGAAGAAUGUGGCCUGCAGGCAGAAACCUGAUGGGGGCCCAGUUUGUGUCACCAUCCCUGCCUCUCCCUUCAUGCAGAAGCUUGGAUAUGGCACUGGAGUCAAUGUCUACUUGAUGAAAAGAUCUCCCAGAGGUUUGUCACACUCCCCGUGGGCUGUGAAGAAAAUCAAUGCCAAAUGCAACAGCCGCCAGCAGAGCAUCUACCAGCAGAGACUGAACGAGGAAGCCAAGAUCUUGAAGAAUCUCCAGCACCCCAACAUUGUGGGUUACCGUGCGUUCACCAAGGCCAACGAUGGAAGCAUGUGUCUGGCCAUGGAGUAUGGAGGAGAAAAAUCUCUCAAUGACUUGAUUGAAGAAAGAAAUUCAAAAAAGUUGGGCCCUUUUCCUGCUGCCACCAUCUCCAAAGUUGCCUUGAGCAUGGCAAGGGGGUUGAAGUAUCUUCACAAUGAGAAGUAUCUGCUCCAUGGAGAUAUCAAAUCCCCCAAUGUGGUGAUUAAAGGCGAUUUUGAAGCCAUCAAGAUCUGCGAUGUGGGAGUAUCUCUGCCCCUGGAUGAGAACAUGACCGUGAGCGACCCUGAGAUGUGCUACAUUGGCACGGAGCCCUGGAAGCCCAGGGAGGCUCUGCAGGACGAUGGAGUGAUCACUGACAAGGCUGACAUCUUUGCUUUUGGGCUGACCCUCUGGGAAAUGAUGACCCUCUCUGUGCCCCACCUCAACCUGGGCAGUGACUCCAACGAUGAAGAUGAAUCCUUUGAUGAAGACUCCUUUGAUGAGGAAGCAUAUUAUGAAGCCCUGGGAACCCGCCCAGCUCUCAACAUGGAGGAACUGGACCAGUCCUACCAGCAGAUGAUUGAUCUCUUCUCUGUCUGCACCAGUGAGGACCCCAAGAAGCGCCCUUCAGCUGCAUGCAUCGUGGAAGCCCUGGAAGCAAAUCUGUCCCAGAAGUAAAAGUAUCCCAGCUCCACGGUGUGGGAGUUUGGAGAUUGAACUUUGAGGAGUAAGGCUACUCCUACACUGUUGAUCCUUCUACUAUGUGAAACUUGUUCUGUCUCAUUAAAACCAGAGCCUAGACACUA